CACGCACCGAGGGGGAACACCACUCGCAUCUGUGGCUCGCUGCGAAUGCUCCCCUCUUAUUCCUCGACUGCACGGCAGAGGCGCUCCACAUCAGGCGUUACGAUCACGACUCCAAUUGUUGCCGCCAGUGCCCUCCCAUCCCCAUCCCGCCCCCUCGCCACUCAUUCCACCGGAGACGCGAGAGCAGCGGGCAAAUGCAGUCGCAAGGGUGCGACCACCGAUCGUGUCCCCUUCUCCUCGCCCCUGCAGCGCCGAGCUAGAGGAGCAACCCCCCUUCUCGUUUCAACCCCGAGCCCGUCCGGCCGUACGCGCAUCCUCAGCCCACUCGAUGCAUCUCGGCGGCCGAAGAAGUCUUGAUCGCGCGAACCUCGCCAGCGACCCGCACCCUUUGCGAGCACGACAGAUGCUCAGCUGCGUUUUCUCUUUGCGCUUCGUCUCGUUACUCUUCUUCAUCUUCUCAGCAUCAGCAAGAACAACAUCAGCAGCAGCAGUGUCAGCAGCUGCUGUGUUCCGAAGCCCAGCGAAGUGCAACGGCGGUGCCGAGGCGAGCGGUUGGAUCACGCGCUCGGUCGGCUGGGGUGGACAUUGCAUCGCUUAAGAAGACUUCCUCCUCUGUUGUUCAUCAUCAUCAUCAUCGCUGCUGCUGCUGCUGCUGAAUAGCGUCUCUUCCCGCGCGCAUAUGUACCGAAGAAUCGCUCCGUCCCCCACGCUGUGUGUGUACACACACACACACGCACGUGAACAAUACGAUAUGAUAUAAUAAUGUACAGCGCAGUAGUAAGGGCACAGCAGCGUGUUGCUAUCAAUUAAUAAAUUAUUAUUUUCCCUUUGCCGGGCGUUCCAGCGGACGGGGGCGCGGAGGAGAAAGAUAAGAGAGCGCGCGAGAGAAACCCGGAGGAGCCGAAACAGCAGCAGCAGCGUUCUGUACAUUCCGCUCGCUCAGGCUCCGCGGUCAGAGUCUUUGAUCGCAUUGGCGAUACGGGAUGAGGACGGCGUCGAUCCAUGCUCUGCUUACGUUCUGCCUUCUCGUCAUCGAAAUAAUUACAUGCCUCAGCUUGGCGCAGCCCCGCCUCGCUGGCCCUGCAAAAACACCCCAACCGGUGCAGCUCUCUCCGUCCGAUUUCCUGGACAAGCUCAUGGGGAAAACAUCCGGCUACGAUGCUCGCAUCAGGCCAAAUUUCAAAAGUUAUCCAGUUAAUGUUACCUGCAACAUAUUUAUCAACAGUUUUGGCUCAAUAGCAGAGACUACAAUGGACUACCGGGUCAACAUUUUCCUGCGACAGCAGUGGAAUGACCCUCGACUGGCAUAUAGCGAGUACCCCGACGACUCCCUGGACCUCGACCCCUCCAUGCUUGACUCCAUCUGGAAGCCCGAUCUGUUUUUUGCCAACGAGAAGGGGGCGAACUUUCACGAGGUCACCACUGACAAUAAGCUGCUGCGAAUAUUUAAGGAUGGAAACGUCCUCUACAGCAUAAGACUGACGCUAACGCUGUCUUGCCCGAUGGACCUGAAGAAUUUCCCAAUGGACGUCCAAACGUGUGCAAUGCAGCUGGAAAGCUUUGGGUACACAAUGAAUGACCUCAUUUUUGAGUGGAAGCAAGAGGGGGCAGUGCAGGUCGCCGAGGGGUUGACGCUUCCCCAGUUCGUGCUGAAAGACGAAAAAGAUCUCGUCUACUGCACGAAGCACUACAACACAGGCAAGUUCACGUGCAUCGAGGUCAAGUUUCACCUGGAGCGACAGAUGGGCUACUACCUGAUCCAGAUGUACAUCCCCAGCCUGCUGAUCGUCAUCCUCUCCUGGGUCUCCUUCUGGAUCAACAUGGACGCGGCGCCGGCGCGCGUGGCGCUGGGCAUCACCACGGUGCUCACCAUGACCACACAGAGCUCGGGCUCCCGCGCCUCCCUGCCUAAAGUGUCCUACGUGAAGGCCAUUGACAUCUGGAUGGCCGUGUGCCUCCUCUUCGUGUUCGCCGCCCUGCUCGAGUACGCCGCCGUCAAUUUCGUGUCGCGCCAGCACAAGGAGCUGCUCCGCAUCCGCCGCCGCCGGCAGAGAAAUCAGCCCGAGCAGGGACUGCUUGUUCAGAAUGAGGGCUUAGACGCCGUCCGUCGAGUCAACGGCUUAAGGAGAAGCGAUCCCUCUUAUGGGACUUCGGUUCAAAUCUACCAGUCGGGCACACGGGUGAAAAAGGACGAGGAUGGGCGCGAGAGGGGCUUCAAUAUGUAUGGCAUGGGGCAGUGUCUGCAAGCCAAAGACAGCGUGUCAGUGAAGGGGGUGAACGCAACCAACGCAGCACCUGCACCAGCACCCACUCAGGAUGCCAUCAAGAAGAAGUUUGUGGACCGUGCCAAGCGCAUAGACACAAUCUCACGUGCCGCCUUCCCGCUCGCCUUCCUCAUCUUCAACAUCUUCUACUGGAUCAUCUACAAGGUCCUCCGUCACGAGGAUAUCCACAAACGGUAGAGCCGGUGAACCCGAGUGUGCAAUCGCCAAACGAACAAAAAACAACGACAAAAAGUUUUAACUUCCCCCCCCCCCACCACCUCUCUCUUCCUCACAAGAACAUCCCCACGCAAAGCUUCACACCAGGACCCAAGAUUUUCUCGCUGGCAACUGCAAGCAUCCUGCACUCCAGAUUGACGUUUGGCAGAAAAUGUUCACAUGUGUCCUUCAUAGCCCCUACCAACAAACGCACCCUAGGAAAUACAGAGAUGAUGCUGAUUGUAAGAGAGAGAAAAAAACCACACGGCCAACUCGUCAUACUUUCUUACAAGAAUCAUACGAAAAGACUUCUAUUUAAAUUGAUAGUUUUAAUUUCAACACAAGUGGCUUCCAGUACCAGUGUAUACGUGUCUGCUGCUGUUUUUGAGUAUCUUAUACAGCUUUUUAACCUUGUGAAUGUCGAAGCAGUGUUUUUUUCAGAAAUAUUUCCAACAUUCCAAUUCCAGUUAUUCGUGAGAAAUAACACACAUACAAUGAACGGUAGUGGUGGGAAUACAAUCAACGUCAAAGUACAAAAUGCUGAAACCUUCAUUCCAACAACGAGAUUACUGCAAUAGUAACACUUUUGAUUACUGUGCUAAAAGGUAGGGGUUUCGUAAUCACAUUUAUAGUUCUAUAUUACGGUCAGUUUAACGAUGAUGACAAUGAUGAAAAAAUAUUAUUACGGGACGUAUUACUGUGCAAAAGUUAAGGGUACUGUUACAGUUCUGGGGGGGGGGGGGGGGGGGUGGGGUCCCUACUGCGGACAGCAGAGAAGUGGCACUAAAAUCCAAGGGAUAACUGGGUCCACGAUGGUAGACACGGGCCAGGGAUUACGAUUGCGGUGGUGGGCCACAUUUACAGCUCCCAUUCGUUGUCGCGUGAUGGGUGGCUUGGCUUGCAGCAUGCGGCCGGGCCGUGAAGUUACCAACGGUCACGCCAGGAGGCCGGCGAUGGUAACAGAGGUUGUCACAGUGCGCUGCUGGUAAUGCGUCUGAUGCUAUCUGAACAAAAUCCCAGCGGCGUUGGCCUCUCCACCGGCGAAUGAAAUGAGCCUCGGGCUCAGGCAACUGCUAUAUGGUGAUCUGUUACACAAGCCAUUUUGAAUGCAAAAAAAAAUACCCACGCUAUAACAAAAUCUAUUUAUAUAGCACGGUGUGUUUAAAGGCAACAUUUUAAAAGGUUGAAAAGUAAACAAAGGUUCUAAAUUACAUUUUUGUUAUUCAUAUGCGAUGUUUGGAACCUCCAUUUUUUCCAAGUUCAACCUUUGAAAAUGUGGUCUUGAAGUCCUUUUUUCCAGCUAUUUAAAUGGUAUAACAUUUUCUCCCUGUGCUGGUGUAGAUAUAUGCCCCGUGUUUUGGGUAGUGUCCAUUUUUAUACACGCUUCACUUUUCUAGAAUCAGCCGUAGCAGUCAGUCAGUCAGUCAUCUCCAUGUCCUUUGAACGCCAAACACGUACUUCAAAUGGUGUUCCGAUCCUGUACAGAUUCGUGAAUCCGCGUGGUGUGAUAGAUGGAAAACGUACGGUAUCCUGCAUUACUUUCCCGUCGUCUGUUUUUUUUUUCCCAAAGUCCAGCACUGGGUUGUGCACUGCGUUUACAGAACAGGAACACAACGGAUGUUCCGGGCGACCGGCUCGGCGUCACGAUAUACGUGCGGUGGUCACAGCUUCAUAAAUCUCGAGCCCAGAAACUUCAGAGUGCGAACGGGAGCCUGGGAGUUUGCCGCCUCUAAUAUUUAAAGUACCCCCCCCCCCCCCCGAGAGCGCUUUCAGCGAAGUCCACCGAUAACACUUUUACAUGAGCCACAGUGUAUAGAGCACAGUGAUUGUACCAUCGUAAAUUUAAUUUUAAAUGUGAAUGCCGAAAAGCUUCGGUAGUUCCCCCCAUCCCCACGCCGUGGCCACCGCAAGAUAUCCGAGUGGUCAUUCAUUAAUUUCAAGGUUUCCAAUGUGACGAAGAAAACGUUACGAAACCUCUCAAAAUUGUAGUUUUCUUUGGCAGAGUCGAUCAGCCAAUAAAAUAAAACUAAUUGGUGACCAUUAAGACAACGGUCUCAAAGAUUAAGCACAAUUCGACAGAGUUUUUGUUUCUGCAACUUAAAGUUAGAAUCAACGAAACUGGAACGGUCAGUUGUUUAAGAAUAAAGCGUUAUUUUAAAUUAUUUUAAACUUUUGAGCCCUGCGACUCGAUACAAUUAAUGAUAUUAACAAUUACAGGUAUAUGGUGAUGAGGGGAGCGGGACAAUGGAUUAUUUAUUGUACAUAUGGCUACGUGGAAAAUGUCAAUGUUGGUAAAUAUUUUAAUAUAAGUACAUUAUGUGGGCCACGGGUUCCUGACCUGGAGUUCGCGACCUUAAAAAUGAGGUCACGGGAGAUCACGAGGGGCAGGGGGAAUCAAGAUUGCGCGCAGAAUAAACUGGGAAGGGAAUUGAAAUGAGUAAUUCGAUUUCACGUUGAUAUGGAAAAUGUAAGUGGUGGCUGGGUGACUCAGAGGGAUAAUGCGAGACUCGGCGUACUGGGCCAGCUCCAGUGCGACUUGGGGGUCCAGUCCCAAGGGAGGACUCGUACAAUCAUUAUUGUUCCCUCUGUUCGACAGAGAUUUUCUUCCCAUGGUGUCAGUCCAGUCUCUGCUGGCCACAUGCAAAACAAACAAAGAAACCCCAAACAAUUCUAACAUAUUACAGGUUAUCUUGUUAAGUUGUAAUAUAUAUUUUUUACCCAGGUAAGCACCGAUCUUCUACCUUUUGCAAUAGACACAUGGGACCUGUCGGGGGGGGGGGGUAUUUGAACUCUGGCCUUGCGACAUGAGAAGCAAAUGCUCAUCCGGAGACAGUACAGCAUCACACAAAUCCUCCGUAGUCUACGUGAGUUUAUAUGAGCCCAAUGCACAAUGCUCAAGACGGUGGAGGCAUUCAGUGGAGAAAUGUGGCUAAAGUAUGAAGCACGUUGAGCAAGGCUUGCCACCUCUGGGGUACAAAAAAACAGGAUUUAAAAUAGGAAAACAUAUCUCAUAAUGGGCAAAUAAUACGUGUUAUAUUGUUGUUAUGCAACUGACGAAACAAGGACUUUUAACGUUCUCGAUAGACUUACAUAUUUCCUAUGACUGGCAUUUCAACAAGAAGACGAUCCUGGAAAACACUGGACAGGUGGCAACCCUACCUUGAUUGGUAAUCGAACUGGGCCACGAUGACUUGCUAGUCCAGUGUGAUGUAUCAUUUACACCACAGUGGCUUCUCGUGCUCUCUAAGCCGAGUGAAUAAAAAUGGUUUAUUGAUUCGGCAUUAGGCGUCUUGUAAUGCCGGUAUCGGAGUGAACUGGCGAGCCGCUACUCAUUGUAGUGACAUGACCUCCUGUCCCGUGGUGAGUGGCACACGCUGUCAACAAAUAACAAUAUGGUCUGGUGAAUAUACACAUUAUUCAGGAAAACAUUUGUGGGGAAAAUAAUUGUCAAGAAAUACACUGAGAGCCGAAAGCAACAGUUUUUUUUUACUGGUAUCUGUACUCUUUGUUUAGUUGUACUUUGAUGAGGUUUUAUAUUUGGUUUGUGCAAUUUUUAUUAGUUUUUUUUACGUCUUAAUCAUUCACUUUUUUACACGUAC